CGUUGUUUAACAAGGGAAAUCCAGCCCACAUAUUUAUUGCAGCCGCUGAAAAAAAUAUCUUCAAUAUCCCCCAAGAUGGCCGCCGAAGUGGGAUCGAUGUUUCAAUAUUGGAAGAAAUUUGAUCUACGGCGGCUUCAGAGGGAGUUAAACUCAGUAGCGUCUGAGCUGGCAGGGCGACAGGAAGAGAGCGAGCACUCACACAAGCACCUGGUGGAGCUGAGCCGGGAGUUCAAGAGAAAUGUCUCAGAGGAAGUGCGGGAGAUGGUGGCUCCUGUCCUCAAGAGUUUCCAAGCCCAGGUGGUUGCUCUGAACAAGCGCAGUAAGGAGGCAGAGUCUGCAUUCCUGGGAAUCUACAAGCAGCUUAUCGAAGCCCCAGACCCAGCUCCUGUGCUGGAGGCCACACACACCCUGGAGGAGAGGCUGCAGCAGCUGCAGAGUUCGGCCCCAGACAGUGAGGCCCUGGUCAGGGAGGUCGGCAGGCACUGGAGGAGACACCUGGAGUGCCUUAACAAGCCAGACAACACAGAGGACGGCCCAGCAGCAGCAUCAGGAGCUGUGGAGGCAUCGAGCCGGACCGCCUGUGUGAUGACUCCCAAAAGCAAACAGGCCUUCAGAGCCACAUGCUCACCUCAGCAGAACCACCAGAUCCAGAGUCAGACAGAGGGGAAGGCCGAAGACGCAGAUACCACUCUGGCCGACAGACUGGGUGAGGCCGAGGAAAGGAUCAAAGUGCUGCAUUCAUCUCUGAGCACAGCCCAGACAGACCUGCUGGACCUGCGGUGUAAAUACGACCAGGAGAAGGCCAACAAGGUAGAGGAGGUCCGCGUGAUCAUGAUGAACCUUGAGAAGGCGAACCAGAAAGUGGAGAUGGCACAGAGGCAGGUGGAAAGGCUAAAGGAGCAGCUGGCCGGUGCCCGGAGCACCACCCCAGGCAGCUAUAAUCCACCAGAGGGCACUAGUGGGGAGAGGGAUGAGAAGGGUGGUGUGUUGUCAUCCAAGUUGGAGGCUAAGCUGAUUGCUAAAGACCGUGAGAUCCUCAGGCUGUUGGAGAACGUACAGAGACUGCAGUUCUCACUACAGGAAGUCCAGGACACCUCAGCCAAUCAGAUCAUAUCGCUGGAACACCAGCUGGCCUAUAAAACAGAAGCUAUUGAGAGAUUAGAAACUAAACUGCAAUCCCAGAUGGACUAUGACGAGAUUAAAACAGAUCUCAGUAUCCUGAAGGUAAUGAAGUUGGCCUCAGCGAAUGGUAGCUCAUCCCAGGAAUCUGCCAAGGCUGCAGAGGCUCUUUUGCUGGACAAAGAGGCCUUUCUUCCCUCUCACAAAUACCUGAUGGAUAAGGCCAGAGUCUUACACAACAAUGAUGAGGACCAAUCGGAGGAGUCAGGCAGAGAGGGGGGCAGGCCCACAGGGUCCUUCUUCUCAGUCUCCCAGGUGGAUGUGCGUACCUCGGCCAGCCCUGGUCCUCCCACCAUGGAAGUCUCCUCCUCUAGCUACGACCUCCCCCGACCCUUUUCUGUGUCCCCCUGCUCAGGGGGCAGGCUGUCUGUGGACCACGUCCUCCACAAGCAGCUCCUCUACUCCCCACUUUUCAAGAAGGAAGCCGGCAGCCCCAUCAUGGCCUUCCCCACCGCCCUGUACGCAGCCAAAGCCGCCCUAAUGUCAACCAAUCAGGGACCUGCAGGAACUGGGGGCAUUGAGGCUGGCCUGCCCAGCGACCAAUCAGAGAGUGGGAGCUCCACUGCAGGCGAUGAUGACCAGUUGGAGACAGCAGAUAUUGCCUUCCAGAUCAAAGAGCAGCUGCUGAAGCACAACAUUGGCCAGCGUGUGUUUGGUCACUACGUUCUGGGUUUAUCACAGGGCUCGGUCAGUGAGAUCCUGGCCCGGCCCAAGCCCUGGAGGAAGCUGACAGUGAAAGGCAAGGAGCCCUUCAUCAAGAUGAAACAGUUCCUGUCUGAUGAGCAGAACAUUCUGGCCCUCAGAACCAUCCAGGUCCGACAGAGAGGGAGCAUCACUCCUCGCAUCCGAACUCCUGAAACUGGGUCAGACGACGCCAUCAAGAAUAUCUUGGAGCAGGCCAAGAAGGAGAUCCAGUCCCAGAGAGGAGGUGACAUUAAGUCGACCCUGGGCAGCCCCUCGGGCAGGAGCAGUAACGGGGCAGACAGCAGCUCAGACGACACCAUCAAGAACAUCCUGGAGCAGGCCAGGAGGGAGAUGCAGGCACAGCAGCAGGCUCUGAUGGAGAUGGAGGUCUGUGGCAAGGCCUCUGCCACCAGCGCUGGGCCCCAAGUGAAGCGCCUGGGGCUCCCUGAGCCCUCCAAGGGCCUGCCCCUACCCACCUUCAUCAAACAGGAGGAGGGGGGCACGGUGACUAUGUGCAUGGCCAACCCCAUCAGCAGCCCCCAAACCCCCCUCAGUGUCCUCUCCCCUGCCGCCUUCGUUCAGAACAUCAUCCGUAAAGUCAAGUCAGAGAUCGGCGAGGCAGGGACUUACUUCGACCAACACUGGUCCGUGGAGCGGGGGCCCAUAGGCAUGGUGGGCGGCGUAGGGGGCGGCAGCUCUCAGCCCUUCACCUCAGUGUCUCCCUCCCUGUCCUCUUCCUCGUCCUCGGGCCCCUCGGCCCUGCCCCGGUUGGAGAACGGAGAGUGUCUGCCUAACAGUGAGGAGGCGUCUGCGGCCGAGGAGGACACUGGCUCGGGGAUGAUGCAGUCUGUGGAGGUGAAGGUGGAGUCCGACGUGUCAGUGAGUGGAGAGUCGACUGGCCAUGGCCUGGCCUACUACCCAUCAUAUAUCCCCCGCACCCUGAAGCCCACCGUGCCACCCCUGACACCGGAGCAGUAUGAGAUGUACAUGUAUCGCGAGGUGGACACCAUCGAACUCACCCGACAGGUCAAAGAGAAGCUGGCCAAGAAUGGCAUCUGUCAGAGGAUCUUUGGUGAAAAGGUGCUGGGUCUGUCUCAGGGCAGUGUGAGUGACAUGCUGUCUCGGCCAAAACCCUGGAGCAAGCUGACCCAGAAAGGCAGGGAACCCUUUAUCCGCAUGCAGCUGUGGCUACUGGAUCAGCUGGGACAAGGCCUCAACCAGCUCCCCAGCCAGAGCCUCUCUCAAGAUAAAAGCCCAGUGACGGCCCAGUCGUCGCCCUCCCCGCCCCCCAGCCCAGAGGAGAUCCACCCCAGCCCGCUGGUGGAGCCCGUCAGCCUGACCCUGGAGAGCAGCAAGGAGAACCAGCAGCCUGAGGGCCUGGUGAACCCCCACCCAGAGGGAGGGAAGUCCACCCCCAGUCUGCUUUCCCUUCACCAGCCCCAUACCCCGCUGGGCAUCCAGGAGCUGGUGGCCAUGUACCCAGAGUUGGACACAUACGCUAUCACCAAGAAAGUCAAGGAGGUACUGACAGACAACAACCUGGGCCAGCGGCUCUUUGGGGAGAGUAUACUGGGCCUCACCCAGGGCUCAGUGUCAGACCUGCUCUCCAGGCCCAAGCCCUGGCAUAAACUCAGCCUCAAAGGCAGGGAGCCUUUUGUCCGCAUGCAAUUGUGGCUCAACGACCCGCACAAUGUGGACAAGCUGAGGGACAUGAAGAAGAUGGAGAAGAAAGCCUAUCUGAAGCGGCGGUAUGGACUGCUGAGUACCGGCUCAGAUAGUGACUCUCCCAGCGCCAACUCUGAGUGUGUGAGCCCGGCCCUGGUCUCCAUAGACCUGUGUCCCUACAGCCAGGUGAAGAAGCCCAGGGUGGUGCUGGGGGCUGAGGAGAAGGAUGCUCUGAGGAAGGCCUAUCUCCUGGAGCCAUACCCAUCCCAGCACACCAUUGAGAUACUGGCCUCCCAGCUCAACCUCAAAACCAAUACCGUCAUCAACUGGUUUCACAACUAUAGGUCCAGGAUGCGACGGGAGGUCCUCAUGGAGGGUCUCCAGGACAACGACACGGAUGCAGAACACCACAGCUACUCUCCCUCGGCGACACAGAGCCCCACCUCAGACGGGGAUGAGAGGGGGCUGCUGCACCCCACUGGACGCACCCCCCACCCCAUCCUCCCCCUCAGCGCCAACGCAUCACUGCCUCAUGUUAAACAGGAGGCCAGUGAGGGAGAGGAGGAGGAGAGAGAGGGCUUCAACGGACAGUCUGAGAUCCAGUGUUUCUCUAUGGGCGUCCAGUUCCCUCAGUUGAAAACGGAGCAUGGGGACCUGAUGGUCGGCUGCCAAGAGCCCCACCUGGCUCCACACUAUAUUCAGAGCCUGAGGCAGGAAGAAGGGAUGAGUAGCCAGGCUCAGGGGCUCUUCCAUGGGGAGCUCUCCCUUGAUGGCCCCCAGAGAGCCAGCCAGUCCAGGCACGAGGGUGACAACUCCAGCAAGUCUUUUGUAGACCCAGUCAGCUUCAAGGCAUCAUCGGAGCCCUGUCGCAGCAGCCUAGAGGUCUCCCUCAACUCCCCCUCCGCUGCCUCCUCACCCGGCCUCAUGAUGUCUGUCUCCCCUGUCCCGUCUUCCUCUACACCCAUCUCGCCAUCCCUGCCCAACCCACCCACCACAAGCACCAACCACAGCCUGGACCCUAACCCCCUGCCUCCCAUCCAGAGCCCCAAGCCCAACAAGAGUGUUCAGAGACGCACUGAGAAAAUGGCCAACCUCAACAAUAUCAUCCAUAGGCUGGAAAGAGCAGCUAACCGAGAGGAGACCCUGGAGUGGGAGUUUUAGGCCCCUCCCUCCCUCCACAUUUCCCCAGUCCUGCUGAAUCGCACUGCACAUGGGAGACUCUCUCAAAGAGAAGCUUCCUGAGCACAUGGAGUGGAGCCUGGCUCCUCAACGCCUGUGCUCCCUGUCUGAUCACACUAAAUAAAUAACCCUUUUCGGAAAACCGGGGGAACCAGAGCUAAACUCUUACAGAAAAAUUCCCUUAGAGGACUUUUAGAAAAUAAAAAAUAUUUAUAGAUGUGUUUUAGGUUUUUUGAUAAUGGAUACUACUUUGAAAUAUAUGUAACAGCACUAGCUGUUGUUUUACCUAAUGGACUCUGACGUAAAGACUUUUGCAGCUAUGGUGUCAUGAAAUGUACACUGAAGUUGUGUAGAUUGCCACUGGGUGAGAUUAAAAAAGACCCCUGUCUUAAGCCAUCAAAAGCACUAUAGUUAUUUAAAAAGAGACUGACCAAAUUUGCUACUUUUUGAAUAGCAAUUUUUCAGAUUUUGUCUGUAAGACGGGACUGUUUAAGUCAAGUACCGUGAAAUUCUACUACUGACUGAGAGAUAGUCCUUUAAGACUCUAAAUAUUCAACAUCUUGUAUGUACCUGGGUUCUUGGUUGAAUGUUUUGAAACAUUUGUAACAAACAUAUAAAGUGUGGUUGUACAUGUUGUAGAAUUGUCUGCAAUAGCCUUCUGAACCAGAUGUAGCAUGGUACUUCACUGACCCUGUUAUCCUCUAUAGUUAGUCACCUGUGAUAUACUUGAGCAAAAAUUUGUGAGGAAAAAAAAAACAUCUGCAAAAAAUAAGAAAGGAAAUGUAGAAUCUAUUUAGUGUAUUUUGUAUUUAUUUUUUAUCAUUGAGGUUUACUAGGCAGUAAAUGAAACUCACUACACAUGAGCACAGUUUACAUGAUUUCUUUCAGACUGCUCUCGUCCUCUAAAUCACUGGCGUCAGACUAUAAUGGGCCAAUGCACACCUGGUUACCUCAGUUUUUGUUGAUGCAGAUCAUGCCAUGAUUGCGUUGUCAUUCACACUCAUGACCUUCCAACCUUUGAAUAAAUGGAUUAAGAUAUGUUUGAGUGAUGUCUCAGACAACAAUGGAACCUGAUAAUCUUCUAGUGAGGAGUCUCAGGCAAACAUGAGCAUUCUUUAAAGACCACAUUGAGAACCCCUGCUCUUGGAUUACAAAGGACAACAUGCUUCAUCCUCUGCUCCCUUUCUCUCCAUCCUAAUUCUGUCCUUUCAGAGACUCAUGCUGUUCCUCCUGCAUUCAUGUCGAUCUUGUUCUUAGCUCAGUGGGCAAACACAGUCUUGAGUCAUUCAAACAACUCUGGUUGGAUUACAUGGUGGAAACAUACUGUAGAAAGAAAUAAUGCACUAUAGAGCACUGACAAGUCCCUCUGUUUGGCUCUGUCUGACUGGAAUAAAAAUCUGAAAGCAUGCAAAUGAAUCCUGAUGGAAAGAACAUGAUACAGUAUGACCAACAUUUGACUCCAUUGAAUUCAGUUAGAAUGUACAUUCUAUGACACAGAAUGGAAUUGAUUGUCUCAUUAUCCUUGCCGCUGGCCACUACUGUAUUGAAUAUAUUAGUUUUGUCAUGCUUGCAGUUUGUUAUAAUCUUCUGUAUUUUCCUUCUGUUUUGUACUCAACCAUUUUAAUAGGACUUCAAUACCUUGUGUAUGAACUACUUACAGCACUUAGAUUUAAAUAAUUGUGAGGAUUCAAAAAAUGUAAUUUUUAGUGUCCACAAGUGAGUCUUUGCCUUUACUGUAUUGUUGAAAUUGGUAGUAAACACUGUCUAACUAGUUCAGAGGAUUUGGAUUGUAUAUGUAUAGAUAUAUAAAUAUUACACAUUUACUGAAAAUUAUAUCUUGUUCUUGAACAAAAUGUGCUGCCUAUAUCGAAAUAUAGUGUACAGAUUUAUUCAAGGGAUCAUUCUUCCAAAUGACCAAAUGACAUUGCUUACAGGGUAAGGAAACCAGUCUACGGACAAGGAACGACAGUAAUCCAUGCUUUGGCUUUAUUUCCCUGGCACUGUUCCCAAAUGUUAACCUUUUAGCAUUUGUGGCACAAAUCCCAUUCAAGUCAUGUUACCGAUAUUAGCAUUUUCACACAUCAUGUUCAAAUCAUCUAUAAGCAGCAAUUUCACUAUACUUGUGCACGUGACAAAAUCCCAUCCAACAAACUAAACCAAAGCAUAGAUUGCAGCCAAACCUUGUCCGUAGACUGCUUACAGGGUAAGGUAACCAAUAUGUAAUUUUGUUAUUUGGGGGAACUAUCCCUUUAACUAAAACCCAUAUGAGCCAGUUCUGGUCUGGCAAGCAUGCCCGUGUUUUAGACCUUCUCUCAGGGUAGUCUUGCUUCUUAAAGCUUUACUGAACCAGUCGCUUUCAUAACUGGUAAACACAAUAAUUAAUGAAUAUAAUAACAGAAGAAACCAGUAGACAGAAUGGUUCUGCCAUAUGUUAUAUGGGAUUAUGGAAGUUUUAACUAUGGGAAUGCACAUGGAAAACAAAUGGUUGUUUUUUGAGAGAAAUGGCAGGCUAUUUUGUAAUCCAUUGGUACAAUGACAGUGUUAGGUCAUUAAAUAUAGUGUUUUUUUGUGAAGCAAACAGGGAGAGGUAAAAGUAUAAAAUUGCUGACAUCCUGACAGAACUGACUCUUCCAUACUUGCUGAGCAGAUACAGUAUGUGCUUGACACUUCAGAAUGACACUGUAUACCUCUAAGGAUGAAAUGGGGAAUCUGGAUAUCCUAUAUUAAUCUAUGAUGAACUGUCCUUUAUUUUUACAACUCAUUUUCUAUAUCAGUGAUACUGUGUAUGGGAGUACUUAGAAGUAACAUUUCUUGUAUGAGAUCUCAUCGUCUUACACAGAAGAAUUGACAAAUAAAUGGCUGAAAAUGGAAUUGAUUUACACAGACCCUUAUGGACCUUUACAUAUUCACAUAAACCUAAUUUAACUGUUUGAAUUUUGCAUGCAAUUUCAUACUGAUCACUUAAAAGGGGAAUAGACUGUUUUGUAUUAUUGUUCUGGCGCAUUGACAUUGAAUCAGCACUCAUCCCUUUUUACACUGGUGAAACCAUGCAUGUUGCAAUUGGCAAUUUUUGUGACAGACACAAUGUGUUGUAUAUUCAACUGACUGAAUUGACUCUUUGUAGUAUUCACAAGACUGGUUUAGUAAUGUGUGAAUAAGAUGGUGAAAUGAAUGAAAACCAGACUAAACAAAGUCCCUCUGAAAUUUUCUAUCCCAAAUCCCUAAGUAAAAAGCAGACAUUUAGAAAUGACUUUUUAUCCCAUAUCAAGUAAGCGUCAUGAUUUUUCUGGACUUGUUGAUAAAUUGUGAUUUGAUGGUCAUAGACCUCUGUCACUAGAAGGUGUAAAGUGGUUGAGUACACUGGGUAAAAGCAAGGAUGUGAUUGUUUUACUGAAUUACCUAUGAGAUUUGGGUUUGAUCAUAAAGGGAUUCCAAAUGUUGUUUAACAAUAUGUGCUCUGGCGUCACCUCUCCUGUCAAAAUAAAUGUAAUUAAAACCUGUUAAUACAGAUGAGGUGCUCAAAAGGCUAACAUCUCAUCUCAUGUUUCAAGGCAUUAGAAGCUGUUAAGGAAUGGACAAAAAUAUACCAAGUGUCUUGGAUUCACAUAUGUAUGAAACCAUCAUCCAAUACAUUAUUGAAUAAGA